CCGAGUCGCCUGCACCGCGGCCUGUACCUCCCCCUGUGAAGAGUGUGAAAGCAGUCCGAGGAGCCACCUGCACCACCCUCUCGCGUUGCUCGGCGAACGAGUGCGAGCGUUAGGUCUUUGGAUAUCGCGGAUGAGCCGCCCGCCCCACCACCUCGCGUUGCUCGGCGUACGAGUGCGAGUGUCAGGUCUGCGGAUAUGGAGGAGCCACCUUCCCCACCCCCUCGCAUCGCUCGGCGUACGAGUGCAAGUGUCAGGUCUGUGGAAUUGGAGGCUCCGCCCACGCCACCGCCUGUGCCGACCUCUCCUCGCCCUUCGUUGCGUAGACCGACUUCUCCACCGAUAAUCACCGCACUUCCACUGGUUGUUCCUGUGACGACGAACGAGGAGGACACUGAGCAAGAGUUCUCCGAUAGUGAGACACCCUCUCAGCCUCAGCGAACUCAGGAGCCUGAAGAAGAAGACGAGGAUUCUGUGCGCAGGCGAACCAUCGCAGAGCGCAUGGCACGUUUAGGCGGGAUCCAGUUUGGUGCACCACCAGUCCCCACGCCACUUACUCGACCUACUUUUCCUCGUGCACCUCCCCCUACAUCUAUCCCUCCUGAUGAGCCUGGAGUUGAUGCUCAGGAACCUGAGGAAGGAGAUGAGACAGUAGAUGACGAGGCUGCGAGGAAGCAGCGGAUCGCCGCAAAACUUGCAGGUAUGGGUGGUAUGCGGUUUGGGAUGUUACCUCCUGGUGCAGGCGUGGCACCUGCCACUGCUCGACGACUUGCACCAAAGCAGGAUGAUAGUGAGAAUGAAGACGCAGCGCUUCCUGUACCUGCACCUGCUCAUCCCGCGCGUCGGCCACUACCACCUAUUGAGGUCGAUUCGGAACAAGAAUACCGCCAGACGAGGUCAGAAGACAGCAUGGGUGUUGAAAUGGAGGAGAACGAGGUCGAAGAGGUGUAUUAUUCAGAUGCAGAUAUUCGAGAGCCAGUUGAGGAAGAGGGCCCUCCCCUGCCUCCGCCCCGACGGUCGUCUUUGACGCUGAGGCCUUCAGAGGUACUUCCGACCCCUCCUCCGCGACCGCCCCCUCCUGUUGGAAGACCUCCAAUUCCAUCCAUCCUUCCUGCCCUGCUUAACCGUCGCUCUAGCGUUGCGACGGGAUCGUCCUCUAGGAAGUCCUCGGUCGACUACUCAAGUCUGACCGAUACUCCCGUACAGAAGCGGCGAAUACAUACAGCCCAACCCUUGGAAAGCUCAUCAGAUUCUGGUACCCAAUCAGAGUAUGUGAUGGUCGAGCCUGAACCAGAGGCCGAGGAAGAACCCCUUGCGCCUCCACCUCGCCGUUCAAGUCGUGCCCCUCCUCGCUCGUUCCCACCGCCUCCUCCUCCCCCUCCAUCCGCCAUCGACCCUCCUGAACAGAUGGCUAGCACUACUCAGUGGGAGCUCCCAUCGAUCCCCCAGGCUGCAUCAGAAUUUGGCGAUGAAUCGGACCUGGAUUCAUCCAGAUUCUCAGAAGACUCGACGUUCCAUGGAUCCACUUCAAUACCAACGCGUAAAUCCGACUCUCGCCGCACCUCAGGGCAGACUGCUCGUCCCGUUAACCAGCAGCUCAGCGCGGACGACCUCAUGGCGCUCUGGGGCAAAAUUGGAGUGCAGAUGGUGGAGUCUGCGACGGGGCUGUUUGAAAAAUCUAAACGCUCGCUUGUUGGCGAUGGUUCGUAUGCGGGAUUUGUCAAGGCUGUCUUUGCACAAGUUCCCGAUGCGCAACGCGUCUCAGGGGAGGGUGAGGAUUGGGGGUAUUUGAUCUACGUGCAAACCGCCGGCUCGGUGCAGCGCCGCGUUGCUGAUAUCCUGCCAGGCGACGUGAUCGCCUUUUGGGACGCGAAGCUCAAAGGCCACAAGGGGCUUCACACGUAUAGCCAAACUGUUGGCGCAGGGGAGAACGGUCCGUUUCUAGGUGUGGUGAGUGAGGUGGAGAGUAAAAAGAGCAAAGUUCGCGUAUGGCAAGCAAACCAGCACGUCGGUCAGCAGGUGAGUUUGCUACGAAGAUGGAGGCGAAGGGCGAACGGCAUGCUGACACCGAAGGCUACACAGACUGUGGAGAAUGUAAGUUACAGGUUGGAGGAUUUGAAGAGCGGGGUUGUUAAGGUACGUCAUCUUCUCUUUUUAUUUUGGUAGAGGGUUUACUGAAUCCUGAUUCAUUGUCUCUGUUACAAUGCUUAGGUGUUCCGUGUCAUGGAAGCCUGACCUUGUACAAAUUUCAUUGCAAUUGUAUCAUAUAUGUAUAAUCUGGAUGGAUCAUGUAAUACUUUGGUUUUCAUUUAUAUUCGGAACCUUCAUGUAUAAUUCUGUGGACUCUCGCCUAUGUAUUCACGCGCACGCACAAGUUGUGGCAUGAGUCAGGCAUUGGAAGAGCCUUACUCUUCUAGCUUAGUAACUACUAUAACAUCGACACCUUAGAAUAGGCCCAUGCAAUCCACUUCUCCACCAACUA